AUGGCGUUCCCGGAUGCUCCGGUCCGAGAGACCAAAUCCCCUAAGUAUGAGUGGCCGCGUCAUCUCCUCUUCUCAACCAUGAUUACUUUCUACGACAUCCCGUUCACUGUCCCGGGGAGGGCUCUUUCUCCUUACACAUGGAUUACAAAGUGCUGCCUCAAAGUGAAAGGACUCGAAUUCAACACCGAAUGGGUUGACCUCGUCGACAUCACGCCUCUCUGCAAGAAAAUUGGAGCAGAGCCGACAAUAGUUACCAGCGAUGGGAGAGAGAUGUACACUCUUCCCGUGAUUCAUGACCCCUCGACUAGAAAAACCAUCUCGGACUCCUUCAAGAUCGCCCAGUACCUCGACGAAGCCUACCCGGAAACCCCCAGGAUCGUUCCGCCUGGAACGACCUCGCUUCAUCGUGCAUUCAUGUCCGCUGUGCACAAAUUGGAGGCGGAUAUCUACCCGCUCAUCAUCGCUACCACCUUUGCACAUGUUCCAGAAAGCAGUCGCGAAUAUUUCAGGCGCACGCGAGAGGCGUUUCUCAAGAAACCACUCGAAGAAGUCUCUCGUACAGCAGAUGAGGCGAAGGAAACUUGGGAAAAGGUCAAGGCCUCGUUCGCUGUCUUCGAUAGCUGGUAUGAGAAGGACGCAGUCUUUAUCGGUGGGAAGGAGCCUUGCUUCGCAGAUCUCAUGCUCGCGGGCAGGAUCUUCUGGAUUCGCAGUGUGUUCGGGGAGGAGAGUAUAGAAUGGAAAAACGUGGAGGGUUGGAACCAUGGUAGAUGGAACAAAUUGUUACGGACAUUCGAAGAGAAAUAG